CCGUCCGAUGUUGUCCUCUCUUUUUUUUCUUCCGGGUGCACGUUUGUAGUUGAAUAGUACAUGUGUUGUUAUUGUGUUUUAGUCGUAUUUAAUCGUAUAUAAGCCUUUUUUAUUUAACAUUAUGCAGGAUUCAAGUGUCGUUUGAUAAUCCGGUGAUCUAAAACUGUUCAUGAAGUCUAUUAAGGUAAAACAGUUUAUUAGCUAACAAAGAUUUUUAAUUAUCGAUAUUUUAAAAAAGAAAAGCUGUGGAAAAUAAUGGAGUUCAUGAACUGGGAGGUGGACACUUCAUCGUGUGGUGGCUUAAAACACGAGAAACAACUUUCCAGCUCACAGAGGAGAUACUACAGCUUCUGUAGGAGGAAGUCGUUCGCCGCCUUCGUGGCGUCCAAGCGGCUCGUCGGUCAGGAGGAAGGAAGCGCAUCCUGGAGCUGCUGCGGCCAAACCUUCAACGAACACUCGGCCGUCCACAAACACGUGGCCAGAAAUCACAGCUCUGAGAUACAGCAGCUCACGCAGGCCACGUACGAGCGUCUGUUAGAGCAGCUGGAAGAAGAACCUGAAACGCGGCGGCCGAACGAGCGCGAGGCGUCCGAGGAGGUGGACGUCUCUGCGUGGAUCCCCGACAUCAGCCACAUCUCUGAGGAGCAGCUUAAAAGUGGCCCAGGCAAAGUUCUCCUCUACUAUCACUACUGUCAGGUGGAGGAGCCGCACGUCAUCUGCGCUUGGCAGAAAGCUUUAUGUGAGAAGCUCCACUUAACGGGAAAGGUGAGGGUGGCGACCGAAGGCAUCAAUGGAACGGUGGGCGGCACCAACGUGGCUGCAGACGUUUACAUCGAAGCUAUGCGUUCGCAUCCGCUGUUCAACAUGGACGAAGAGGAUUUUAAGACCAGUGAUGGAGGUGCAGAGUGUUUCACAAACCUCAAGGUCGGCGUCUAUAAGGAGAUCGUCCCGAUGGGAGUGGAUCCUGAUGUUAUUUCCUACCAGCUGGCAGGAGUUCAUCUGGAGCCCGAAGAGUUUCACAAGGAAGUGGAGGCUCUCGUGGCCAAAGGCGACGUGAGCAGCGACACCAUCCUCCUGGACUGCCGCAAUUUUUACGAGAGCAAAAUUGGGCAGUUCACUCGAUGCCUGGCACCGAACAUCCGCAAAUUCAGCUACUUCCCGGACUACGUGGACCAGAACCUGGAGCUGUUCAGAGACAAGAAGGUCCUGAUGUACUGCACGGGAGGAAUCCGCUGUGAGCGCGGCUCCGCGUACCUCCGCUCCAAAGAUGUCUGCAAAGAGGUUUACCAGCUGAAAGGUGGAAUUCAUAAAUAUCUGGAGCGUUUCCCGGACGGUUUUUACCGAGGGAAACUUUUUGUGUUUGACGAACGCUACGCCAUCUCCUCCAACGACGACGUCAUCUCAGACUGCAGGUACUGCGGGCGUCCGUGGGACCGCUACGAGCUCUGUUCCACUCAGUUCUGCUGCCAGCUGGUUCUGUCCUGUCCCGGCUGCAGACGGGACGGACGCACCGCCUGCUGUCCCACCUGCCAGACCAAAGGACAGGCCCGGGGAGACGCGACCCCGCAUCACAAAGAGGAGUGCGAGUGCACGGACGGGCGUCCCAGAAUCCCUCAGGACGUGCAGUGACAUAAACAUCGAUAUUCGGUGCUUGGAAGAUGUUGCUCAGUGAAACCAAUGAUUUCAUAUCAGUGGAAAGAUUGUGUACAAUUUUAAAUGUGUUUUUUAAAUCCUAUUAAAUCAUAUGUGUAUUUAAGGGAUGUCCCGAUGAACUGUUUCAGCUGCUGUUAGUUAUUGAAAGGAUUUUAUGAGGAAAUCAAUAUUCAGUCAACAUUAAAGUCACCAACCUGUGAAGUAAAUAACACUGAUGAUCUCAUUACAAUCAUGUGUCCUUCUGGGAAACUUCUGUCCUGGCUUUUAUAUGCAUGCAUAAAAUAAAAAAAGAAACAUGAAUGAAUGAACGUGUAUUUGAAGACAGAAUAAAAGAAAAAGGCAAA